AUGUCGCUUCCUCCAAAGGCGCUGACGAUUCAGCUCCCACCGAACCAAUUUGACGACGAUGCUGGAGGCGGCAGCUCGUCUGAUGGCAGCGGCGCAGACGGCGUUGCGAAGAAGGAAGAGGAGACUCAGAACACGGGCACGCCCAGUGGUUCAUUGAAGCGGAAGCGUAACCUUCCUGGAAACCCAGAUCCGGACGCAGAAGUUGUGGCCCUGUCUCCGCGCACCCUCCUCGCGACCAACCGGUUUGUGUGCGAGAUCUGCAACAAAGGCUUUCAGCGCGACCAGAACCUGCAGCUGCACCGCCGCGGCCACAACCUCCCUUGGAAGCUCCGCCAACGCACGACGCAGGAGGUGCGCAAGAAGGUGUACGUCUGCCCGGAGCCCACCUGCAUCCACCACGACCCGUCCAGAGCGCUCGGAGAUCUGACCGGGAUCAAGAAGCAUUUUUGCCGCAAGCACGGCGAGAAGAAGUACAAGUGCGAAAAGUGUUCGAAGAAAUACGCCGUGCAAUCGGAUUGGAAGGCCCACAUGAAGACGUGCGGUACUCGCGAGUACCGAUGCGAUUGCGGAACCCUCUUCUCAAGGCGCGACAGCUUCAUCACUCACAGAGCUUUCUGCGACGCGCUCGCGGACACAGGCCCAACCAGCGUCAAACCCGAGCCCGGCGACUCCGCCGCUACAGGCGCCGCCCCCGGGAGCGUCGGCGGACUCAGCCACAAAGGCGCGGGGUUCGAAGGGGACACGAUGCGAGGCGCUGCCGUCAUGUUCGGUGAUGACGUCACGAAAGCCGCUGCUGCUGGCGCGGGUCAACAGCAGAAUUUCCAAGGGCAGGGGCUCCAAGCGUCGCAGCAGCAGGGCUCGCAGCAGCAGUUUUCGUCGCAGGAGUUCGCAGAUCUGGUCAGCCGAGCCAUGAACAAACAAGGCGGGGGCGGUAUGGGUUUGUGGCUCGGCCAGGGAUCCAACAACGGAGGGCAGAAUCAGGGCAUGACGCCGCAGCAGCAGAUGCUGCAGGCUGUGAGCCAGGGAGGUUUGAACCCGAGCGCUCUUCUUGCGGCGAUUAACAAUAGUGGCGGUAGCAUGGCGAGCCUGCUGGCUGGUGCCGGAGGCGGAGCUGGCGGUAAAGACAUCGGCUCUUUAAUCUCCUCGCUUCUCGGCUCCAACGGCAGCAUGGCUCCUCCUGGGGGUAAUCUGGACCCAGGCUACGCUUCUAACGCUGGUGGUGGCGCCGACAUGAACAAUAAUGUUUAUGGUGGUGGUGGUGGUAACCAGGGUAACCUCUCAGGGUCUGCAGGGGGGCUGUCUGGAGUGGGCAUGGGGGGAGAUCCCUACAAUUCCAGUAGCGGUGGUCUGCAUGGGUCUGCCCCGGUCGAUGGUGAUGGUCUAGGGCACGGCGCGCAGCAAGAUGGGCUGCAAGGCCUCUCGGGUGUGAACCUUCCGGAUCUGCUGCAGCAAGCAGGCGCGGUGCUCGCCCGGUCUGGAGGCUUGGGUAACCUGGGAGGUGCGGGCGGUGCGGGGUCGUCGCUUCUGACGAGGGCCAUUGAGAAUUUGGCGAGUCAGGGAUUGCCGCUUGGCGGAGGGCAGAACUCAGGGCUUCUGGACGCGGUUGCUGGCCUGGGUGGAGGGCAGGGCAACUUUAGUGCACUGGCAGGGUCGCUGCAGCAGCACGACCAGGGAAAUAACAGUGGGGGUGGGGGGAUGAUGGGAGGGCAGCAGCAACAACAGCAGCAGCAACAGCAGCAGCAACAGCAGCAACAGCAGCAACAAUCGCAACAGCUGCAGCUUCCAAAUGAUUUGAUUCAGAGAUUGGCGGAUAAGUUACCUCCUGGUCUGAACGUGGACACACUGCAGUCUGCUCUCAGCAUGUACCCCGAGCUUGGAGCAAACGGGGCUCUGUCUUCCGCGCUCAACACCCUUCUCUCAGGAGGAGGCGGUUUCAACACAGCGCCACAACAGCAGCAGCAAGUGGGGAUGGGUGGAGGGGAAAAUGCAGAUGGUUGGGGUGGGGGUGGCAUGGGUGGGGGCAAUGGUGGUGGGCUGGAGCAGGGUAUUUCGGGCAUUCAAGAUAUUUUCUCCUCUGGAGCAGGCCAGAACUCUGUGAUGGCUGCGAUGCUCUCUGCAAGCAAUGGAGAUUUGGCAGGUGGACUGGCAGGGGCUUUUGGGGGGGAUGGCACUGGGGGGUUGCUCGGUGCUGGAGGUGACAUGCCCUCAGCUUUGCAGAAUAUGCUUAUGGCAAGGCAGCAACAGCAACAACAGCAGUUCAAGCAGCAGCAGCAGCCACCACAGCUGCAGCAGCAACAGCAGCUCCUGCAGAGUGCAGGUCUUAACACUGACUCGCUGACUGCUGCCUUGCAAAGGGCGCAGCAAGGCGGCCAUGAUCUUGGAGCCUUUGGGACUGUGACGAGGGAUUUUCUAGGUCUUGCUCGCUCUGUUUCAGCGUCUAGAAAUGUGACGGAGCUGCAAGAUCUGGCAGCUUUUGGCUCCCCCUCCCUCCCGCCUCCCGAUGCCUCUGAUAAUGACGUCAACAUGUUCCUCUGGAUGAAGCACGAACAGAUGUUCUCCAACUCAGCCUCGACACCAGGUUCGGGAUCAGGUUCGGGCUCAGGCUCGGCAGGCGGAGGGAUAUUCGGCGCGGCAUUCUCCGGUUCGGGUCUCUCGGGCCCGGCGGAUGGCACCGGCGGAGAUGCGGGCGGUAGCGGGACUGGCGGCGGGUUCUCGGGGUUCCACCCGAUCGCGCGAGGCAACAGCGCGCCGCCGCAGUUCCUUCAAAACGCCAUGCUGAAAUGGUCUCCGCCCAGUUCUCCCCCCGCCGGAGGUAUGUUCGACCCCGCGCCAGCGGCGGAGGCCUCUAAGCCGCCGCGCGCGGGGGGAAGCGAGCACCCGUUCUCCCCGUCGUUCUUCCCCACGUCCCCCUCGCUACCUUCCCCCGCGUCGCUCGACGUCGUCCCCGAGGAGGACGUCUUUCUGGGCGCCGAGGACGCGGACUCUGCGCCGGCGAAAGCGGAGGCGGCGGAGGCGGAGAAGGCGGGCGGAGGAACGAGAGAUGGUAAGAAUAACGGAGAGGGUAAUAACGAGGAUAAUGCGAGCAGUGCAGCGGCUUCUGCGACUGCGGUUAUUCCUUUACUCGACGAUGGAGAUGCUGUGUUCUUCGGUACGCCGGCGAAGCAGCCGCCCGUCCCGCUGCCCAUCGAAGAGCCUGUUCUCUUCGGCGAGGUGACUACGACGGACCCAUUUCGAGGUUCCCUAGAAGCAGCUGCGGCCGCCGCGGCCGCCGCAGCGGCCGCCGCAACAGGCGGCGGGAAAGGCGCAUUAGGUGUCUUGGACGCGGAAAUGCCGCCUAGGAUCGGGUCGACGCCGCGCAGCAAUAGCUCCCGGCCGUAUGACGUCAACAGCAGCAGCGGAGAAGAGACUCCGCCCAGCGGAAUAGCGAAGAGCAGCAGCGCUGGCGGGACCUUCGCGGGGGACAAGGAAGGGGGAGGAUUCGGGGAAGAGCUUGACUUUUUCUGCGGGCUUGGCGGGGUCGGGGGAGGCGGGGGGGGCGAGGGGGGCGGAGGGGGCGGAGGGGAGAAUGCAAGCGCAGGCGGAGACGCCUCCCCCGGGCUGUUUGACCAGGCGUUUGCUAACUCGAGCAAUAACAGCACACCGCGCGGGUCAGUAGAUAUGACGGGCAGUGGGGAAGUGUUUUCUGUUGGCGAUGGGGCGGAAGGAAAGGACACGUUAGGGCCCCGCCAUGGGAGCACGGGGCACGGCGCAUCACCAUCAAUGGGGGGAGCGGGCGGAAUGGGGGGAGGCGCAGGGGCAGGAGGCGCAGGGGCGGGAGGGGCGGGAGACGCUGCGUCGGUGCUGGCAGGGUGGGGGUUGUUGUCAGCAGGGGGCAGCGGGUCGUUCGGCGCGACUGGCGCUUUAAAGAGCCCUAACUCGUUCGGAGGGACCUCGCACGCUACUAACCCUGCUGAAGCUGCCAAGCCUCUCGUUCGGGCUUCCUCCGUGCCUACCAUCACGUUCGGACCUGUCGUUGUAGGUUCGGAGGUGGUUCCGAGCCUGAACCCAGUGCCGCUGGGAACGCGCAAGCCCCGCCCGCCAAUCAGCCACGCGUCCCUGCCGUCUAACCAGCAGCAGCCGCCGUUGCCGAGCCUGCAGCGCUCGCCCGGUAGCGGAAGCUCGGGCGGAGGUUCGGAAAAGAGGUUCGGCAUGGGGAGGCAUGGGAUGAGCGGCCUAAGCAGGGGGAGCCCCCCCGCGAAAGUGGGAAGGGAGGCGGGAAAAGGGGGAGUGUAUGUUGUGGGCGGGUAUUUGCUGUCUACUCUUUUAAUGAUUAAAGGAGCGGAUGAUAACGAGGAUAUGUAUGAGGACGAGGAGGAUUUGGGGUAUGUGAGGCGGGCAGUGGGGAACGAGGAGCAGUUUAUGCUAUUAGAGGCGGAUCCGGGGGAUGAUCCCGAGGACGCGGAGGAGGCGGAGGGCGCGGCGGGCGGAAAGGGGGAAGGUGAGGGGAAAGCUGGGGAGGGGAAGGGGGGGCAAGGCAGCGCGGGGGGGGACGGGGAAGGGAAGGGGAGCAAGGGGAAGGAAGCGGGGAAGAGUGGGAAAGAGGGGAAGCGGGAUUCGGAAGGGGGGGAUGAGGAGAUGUAUUUUUCAGGGGAGGACUCGUAUCAAGAAGCGGAGGGGGGGGAGGAAGGGGCGGAGGGAGGCGGGGGAAGCGAGGCGGAAGGCGCUGCGGGGGGAAAAGGGCACCGAUCGGUUCCGAGCUUUGGAGUGGUGGAUGCGUGGGAUGGGAUGUUCGACAAGGGGGGGGCGGAGGGAACGAACGGCGCGCGGAACGGGGGAGGAGCGGAGGGGAGGGGCGCAGGCGCAGGGGCGCGGCAGAAGCGGCAGGGCGGAAAGGGGCAGCUGAGCGGGCAGCUAGAGGAGGGCGAAGAGGGGGAAGGGGACGAGGACGAGGGGGAGGAGGGGGAGGAGGGCGAGGAGGGGGAGUUUUACGAGGGGCAAUCUGUGGGCGCGGAUGCGGGGAGCUCUAUGCUGGGGUCUGUGCAAGACCUGGAUGAGGACUGCGCGCACCCCACCCCCACCGGCUCCCGCCCCCGCCUUGGCGUUCUCAGUGACGAGGAGGCGGAGGGGGAGGCGGAGGGGGAAGGAGAAGACGCGCUGGGGAAGGGGAUGAGGGAGAGGGCGGAGGGAGGGGGGAAAACGGAGGGAGGUAGGGCGGAUGGGGUGGAGAUAGAGAUGGGGGACGGGGGGGGCGCGGGGGCGGGGGAGAAGGAGGAGGGCGCGGAGGGUCCGCGGAAGCGGCGCAGCUGGAAGGGCGGAGACGUGGGGAGUGCGUCGUUUGGGAUUGUGGACGAGGUGACAGGCGCGAGGGGCACAGGCACAGGCGCAGGCACAGGGCUGUUUGUGUCUACCGCAGCAGCAGCAGCAGGAACAGGACAGGGCGGCGCUGCUGGGGCCGCCAGUGCCGCUGCUGAUGCUGCUGCUGGGGGCAGCGGCGGGUUUGGUGACUCCUUCUCAGGCGGAUUCUCCUUCCCCUCGCCGUCCAGUGAAGGCCUUUCCAGGGAAGGUUCUGGGUGGUCGGGAGGCGGCGGGACGCCUGGGGGGGACGCGGUCAAUAUCAGCCCUUCGGACACUCUGGGCGGAGGGGGGAGCGGAGCGGGGCGAGGGGGAGCGGGAGGGGGCGCGGGGGAAGCCGGGGGGCUGGCGGAUGAGCUGGCGAGCGGGCUGGAACGGAUGGGGAGCGUGGCGGAUAGUACCCUGGAGGUGUGGAAGCGGCAGGCUAGUGGCACAUUCGCUAAAGUCACUGCCAUGGACUGGGAUCCCCCCGCUGCUGCUGCUGCCACUGGGGGAGUUACUGCUGGUGGGGCUGGCGCGGGUGGGGAGGAGAAGAGGGCGAAGAGUGGGGGGAAGAAGGAGGAAGAGGAUGCGGAGGCAGGCGGCAGGGGCGGUGAUGACAUGCAAACGGACGGGGAUGUGGCUGUGAAAGGCAGUGGGGGGAGUAAGAAGGGGAAGGGGAAAGGGAAGGGGGCGAAGGCGGAGGAGGAGUGGAAGGAUGGGGCGGGAAAGAAGGGGGAUGAGGGCGAGGAGGAAGCGGGAGAGAAGGGGGAGGGCGAGGUGGAGGGGACGAAGAAAGGAGCGGAGGGGGAGGAGAAGGCGGGAGGGGGUGGCGAGGAGAAGGAGGAGUUUGAGAUCUUCAACCUGCGUGUCAUUCACCGCAAGAACAGGUGCGUGCGCAUGGGGUGGCCACAGAUGAGUGCUUGGGUCGCGGGUGGUUGGGAAGUGCAGAUGGGCUCAGCAGCCUUCAACGCCAUGCAUACCAAGCGCAUGGAGACCAAACGCUCUUCCCCUUCCUUGUGUGUCCCCCACAUCCCCACCAGAACGGGGUUUGAGGAGGAGAAGGACUUCCCAGUGGUGCUCAACUCGGUCAUCGCAGGGCGCUACUACGUGACAGAGUACCUGGGGUCAGCGGCCUUCAGCAAGGCGAUCCAAGCUCAUGAUCUGCACACGGGCAUGGACGUGUGCAUGAAGAUCAUCAAGAACAACAAAGACUUCUUUGACCAGAGCCUGGACGAGAUCAAGCUGCUCAAGUUCAUCAACCGGCAUGAUCCGGCAGACGAGCAUCACCUGCUGCGGCUUUAUGAUUACUUCUACCACCGGGAGCACCUGUUCAUCAUAUGUGAGCUACUGCGCGCCAACCUGUACGAGUUCCACAAGUACAACCGCGAGUCGGGCGGCGAGGCCUACUUCAACAUGCCUCGCAUCCAGUCCAUAGCCAAGCAGAUCCUGCAGGCCCUGCGCUUCAUGCACUCCCUCGGGCUGAUCCACUGCGACUUAAAGCCCGAGAACAUCCUGAUCAAGAGCUACUCGCGGUGCCUGGUGAAGGUGAUCGACAUCGGCAGCAGCUGCUUCACAACGGACCACCUGUGCUCGUACGUGCAGUCGCGCUCCUACCGCGCGCCCGAGGUCAUCCUGGGGCUGCCCUACGGGCCCAAGAUCGACAUCUGGUCCCUCGGCUGCAUCCUCGCUGAGCUGUGCUCUGGACAGGUGCUGUUUCAGAACGACUCGCUGGCGACACUGCUGGCGCGGGUGGUGGGCAUCAUCGGCCCCAUCGACCCGCGCCUGCUGCGCAAGGCCCGCGACCGCCACAAGUACUUCACCAAACGCAACGUGCUCUAUGAACGCAACCCGGAGACGGAGCAGCUGGAGUAUCUGGUGCCAAAGAAGACCUCCCUGCAGCACCGCCUGCAGCAGGGGGAUGCGGGGUUUGUGCAGUUUGUGGCAUCGCUGCUGCAGGUCCUUCAUCAGCGCCCGCACCACCACAUCCCUCGCCAAGCCUACCACCCACCCAUCACCGAGCCUACCACCCACCCAUCACCGAGCCUACCACCCACCCAUCACCGAGCCUACCACCCACCCAUCACCGAGCCUACCACCCACCCAUCACCGAGCCUACCACCCACCCAUCACCGAGCCUACCACCCACCCAUCACCGAGCCUACCACCCACCCAUCACCGAGCCUACCACCCACCCAUCACCGAGCCUACCACCCACCCAUCACCGAGCCUACCACCCACCCAUCACCGAGCCUACCACCCACCACCCAUCACCGAGCCUACCACCCACCCAUCACCGAGCCUACCACCCACCCAUCACCGAGCCUACCACCCACCCAUCACCGAGCCUACCACCCACCCAUCACCGAGCCUACCACCCACCCAUCACCGAGCCUACCACCCACCCAUCACCGAGCCUACCACCCACCCAUCACCGAGCCUACCACCCACCCAUCACCGAGCCUACCACCCACCCAUCACCGAGCCUACCACCCACCCAUCACCGAGCCUACCACCCACCCAUCACCGAGCCUACCACCCACCCAUCACCGAGCCUACCACCCACCCAUCACCGAGCCUACCACCCACCCAUCACCGAGCCUACCACCCACCCAUCACCGAGCCUACCACCCACCCAUCACCGAGCCUACCACCCACCCAUCACCGAGCCUACCACCCACCCAUCACCGAGCCUACCACCCACCCAUCACCGAGCCUACCACCCACCCAUCACCGAGCCUACCACCCACCCAUCACCGAGCCUACCACCCACCCAUCACCGAGCCUACCACCCACCCAUCACCGAGCCUACCACCCACCCAUCACCGAGCCUACCACCCACCCAUCACCGAGCCUACCACCCACCCAUCACCGAGCCUACCACCCACCCAUCACCGAGCCUACCACCCACCCAUCACCGAGCCUACCACCCACCCAUCACCGAGCCUACCACCCACCCAUCACCGAGCCUACCACCCACCCAUCACCGAACCUACCACCCACACCCACCCAUCCACCACCGAGCCUACCACUCACCAAGCACUUGCAGUGCGGAAAUCCUCUCGUUGGGGUCCCUCGUGA